AUGUCUUUCACAACAUGUAUUAUGUUUCUUCUAAUAUUUUCAAAUUGGGUUAUCGCCGAGAAUAUCGAAAAUGAAGGUAUGAACUAUAUUUUAAUUAUUAGUCAAGUGUUUUUAAUCAUUGGCAUUACUGUUGCAUUUGUCAUUAUUAUCAUUAGCUCAGUUAUUUUCGCUUAUUUCACUUUAAAAUUUAUCACAACACAAACCACUGAACCACAAUAUUAUAUUAAUGAUACUUCAAUUGAUAAAGAUAGUAAUACAUAUCAUAAUGAAUAUAAUGAUACUUCCUUUGAAAUACAAUACUUAUAUCAAAUUCGACCAAUUCUAACUGUUUCACAUGUCAUUUCAUCAAUUAAACAGUCUUUUACAUAUUUAUAUUAUUCUCUUAUACCAUCCAAAUGGUUACCUACACAACACACAAAUAAUCAACAAAGUCCAGACGACAUAAUAAUGGAUUUACCAAUUUAA